CCAGGCUACUUUAAUUAUAUUCCAUAGCUCUAGAUGGCAGUACGUACGGUAUAAUCGAGAGCUGAUCCCUAUGCAACCAACGACAGACAUGAUACGACAGAUUGGAGGUAACCUAACCGGUAGCAGGCUUGCGGCUUGUUGGCGAAAAACGAAAAGGCAAUGUUUACAUCACCAAACAUGGCAUACCCAUGUGAAAUAUCCAAGGAGUUGGGAGAGUACAUUGUAACAAAUGCACCACCCACAGUAUACUACAUCCCAGAUUUUAUCACAGAAGUCGAAGAGCAGUAUCUCUUACAAGAGGUGUACAAAGCUCCCAAACCUAAAUGGACACAGUUGUCAGGAAGGAGGCUACAAAACUGGGGUGGGCUGCCUCGCCCAAAGGGUAUGCUUGCAGAGAAGCUCCCUGAUUGGUUGCUGAAAUACACAAACAGAAUAUCUGCCCUUGGCGCAUUUGCUGGAAAGGCUGCUAAUCAUGUGCUAGUGAAUGAAUACACACAGGGGGAGGGCAUUAUGCCACAUGUGGAUGGCCCUCUCUAUCACCCCACUGUAACAACCAUCAGCCUGGGCUCUCAUACCCUCCUGGACUUCUACAGACCCAUUAGCCAGUGUGAGAUAGAGGGGCCCCAGACUGAGGAAAGCCGGUACCUGCUCUCCCUGCUGCUGCGGCCGCGGAGCCUGCUCAUCCUGCAGGAUGAGAUGUAUCAGCACCUGCUCCACGGCAUCCAGAAUGUCUGCCAGGACACAUUGACGGAGAGGGUGGCAAACCUCUUCUCUGCGUUGGCCCAGCCCGGGGAGGCACUCACCAGAGGGACCAGGGUGUCCCUCACCAUCCGCCAUGUACCGAAGAUCGUCCAUGCCAACAUACUGCUUGGCAGGAAAUAAUGUUACUGUUGUCAGACAGGAGGAAAAACACAUUGUCAGCGCGCUGUGCAUUUAGGCAAGAAGUACAGUCUGUAUGAUCAGUCCUCAGCAAACACAGCUAUUUUUCAAAUAGCUGUGUGGACUUUGUGGGUUGUGGAAUCUGACAAAUUGUAUCUAAGGAAAGGAAAGUGUGGGAAGAAAGCAGACAUACAGUACAUGAUGUUAGCUGUUCCCAAACCUGUGUGGUGUGGCACCAUUGAUGACACUAAUUUGUGAGACAUCUAACUGGUAAGCUUUGUGAGAAAGCUUCAGGGACUGUGCGUGUGUGUGUGCGCCUGCUAUUCCAGAACUGCGCGGUGUGUGUGUGUGUGUGUGUGUGUGUGUGUGUGUGUGUGUGUGUGUGCGCGCAAUAGUAUUGUCCAGUCAUUGUUUUCAAGUAAAAUGCUAAUUGCUACAUAAUUCCAAACUCACCCUACUAAUAACCAGUAUAACUGUAUUAAAAUGCUUAACAAAAA